AUGCCAAGCAGGCCGAUGGAACGCUUUCUAACACGGCGUUCGAUAUCUAUUGUUACGGGCAGUUUGGCAUUCAUUGUUAUGUAUUGGUACAUAAGGCGACAGCGAAGGUUGAAACGUGAAAACAUAAAUAGAAAAGUGAGUGCAAAGUCAUGCAGUCAGAAGAAUUUUGACGAUCUGAAAGAGAGCAAAUCAAGUUCAAAGAAAAAUGUAGCGUUAGCAGUGAAGUUGAAUGACGAUGUGAUGUCGGGCGAUAACGCUGGAGAUGCUGGGAUGGAUGAUAACCAGUUUGAAAGGCAGCUCAAUGAUGACCUGUUAAUUGCCGAGUUGGAUAAUGAUGUGAUACAUGCAAAUGAUAUUCCUGUUUUAGAAGUCUCAACUAAUAGUUUAUCAGAAUCAGAGAAAACUCCAGUUGAUAGCUUACCUUGUGCAAAUAAGGUUUUGGUCGCUAAUGAAGAAAAAACUGUGGAAUAUUCCUCGAUUUGGAUGGAAUCUAAAGCUAAAGUAGGAAAUAUUUAUAUUACGAGAAAUGCAGCCGACAGACAAAAUGCUGAUCCGAACAUUGUAGAAUACAGGCCUUUAAACACAUCGAGUAGUGAGGUUCACAUUUUUAAUUAG